UGGACAAUUACAUUGAAGUGUUAAAUACGAAAAAAAAUGGAAAUGGCAGAGAAGGAAGGCGGGAAUGACGAAUCGCUGAAGCUGGCGGUGGCGAUAUCGCUUCUCCGAUCGAAGGUUCUGAAUAACAAUAACGAGCCUGGUGCGCCUUCUAAUGACGCCCUUCGUUGGAAGCGAAAGGCCAAGGAAAGAAAGCAAGAGAUCCUGAGGCUCAGAGAAGAUCUCAACGAAGCUCUAGAUGCUUCGCACUGCGAUCUCUUCCCCGCUAGUGCUUCUUGUAAGUGCUAUUUCUUCGACAAUUUGGGACAGUUAAACCCUAAUCAGCAUGGAAGUGGCUCUGACGCCAGAUUCAACGAUGUUCUUCGCCGUAGAUUUCUUAGACAAGUGCGCUUUAAGGAAAGAAGGAGAAGAGUAGGUUCAUCUUCUUCAAGUAAGCAGCGACUUACUUUAGGUUUAACGGAGGAGGAUGAAACAGAACAGCUUAAGGCCUCUGUUGACUUUCUUGUGGACCUUUGUGAUUCUGUGGAUGAUUCCAAGUUUGCAAACCUGGCACAUCAAGCUGAAGAGUUUAUAUUGGUUACAUUAAAGAAUCUUCUAUCUAAUGGGAGGAACCUGGAACUUAUCGAAGGAAUUAUCAACAGCCUAGUUACACGUUUGGUUAGGAAGAUGUGUUUGCCCUUGUCGGAAAAUGGAUCUCAACACUCAGAUGCGAAUGCACAGUAUUGUAUCCAGCAUUUGAUUCGUAAACUUGGAAGUGAGGGCUACAUCGGCCAGCGGGCAAUACUUUCAGUUUGUCAGAGAAUUUUGGUGCUAGCCGAUCGUUUGCUUUUCUCUGAUCCGUUUGAUGAUGCCUUUCCUGAUAUGCAUGAAAGUAUGUUCUUAAUGAUCCAACUCAUCGAGUUCAUGGUGUCAGAUUACUUAUUAGAGUGGUCAAAAUCUGAAGAUUUUGAUAAAGUGCUCCUUGAAGAUUGGGUGUCAUCAAUUAUCCAGGCAAAAAAAGCAUUAGAACUUCUGGAAAGUAGAAAUGGACUGUAUGUACUCUAUAUGGACCGAGUAACCGGAGAAUUGGCAAAACAAUUUGGCAGGGCUUCUCUUCAGAAGCUUAUUAAACAAGAUAUUUUCAAUAGCUUGCUCCACUAACCAUUGGUUCAAUAUAAUGUUGUAAUAUGGUGAUUGGUGACCCUGUUCGUGGUCCAUAUAGGAAAAGUUGUUAUAGAUGGAAAAUGGAAGGAGUAUGGUUCCUAAACAUUGAAUAAACUAUACAAGCAAGCAUUACUGGAUCUGGAUGGAUUUUCAUGUGUUAAUGAUCGGCAUCUAUCACUGUCAUCUAGUCAUUGUUUUCGCUACUUUUGGCCACUGUCUUUUUCUUCAAUACAAAAGUUAUAGUUGGUUGUAUUUACAAUUCAAA